AGACUAAGUUAAGAGCCAUCAUAUCUUAGCCAAAAUAAGCACCACAUAAUGGCAUCUAGUUAUCUUAUGCUUAUUAUGAUCACAUUAUUGAUCCCUACUAACUCAUUACUCACUCCACAUUUUUAUGAUAAAGUUUGCCCUCAAGCAUUACAAGUCAUAAAGUCAGUUGUUCAUCAAGCAAUUCUUCGAGAGCGACGCAUUGGAGCAUCUCUCCUACGCUUGCAUUUUCAUGACUGCUUCGUUAAUGGGUGUGAUGGAUCAGUUCUGCUAGAUGACACAAAGAAUUUCACAGGAGAGAAAACAGCAUUUCCAAAUAUUAAUUCAAUAAGAGGAUUUUCUGUGGUUGAUGAAAUCAAAGCUGCUGUUGAUAAAGCUUGUAAACGCCCUGUGGUUUCAUGUGCUGAUAUUUUAGCCACAGCAGCUCGUGACUCUGUAGCCAUUUUAGGAGGUCCACAACUUUGGUACAAUGUGUUACUAGGAAGAAGAGAUGCAAGAAAAGCAAGCAAAGCAGCUGCAAAUGCAAAUCUCCCACCUCCAACAUUCAACUUCUCACAGCUUAUUUCAAAUUUCAAAUCUCAUGGAUUAGUUGUAAAAGACCUUGUAGCACUUUCAGGUGGCCACACUAUUGGAUUUGCUAAAUGCACCACCUUUAGAAACAGAAUUUACAAUGAAACAAAUAUUGACCCUAGUUUUGCAGCAUCUUUGAGGAAAAAUUGUCCCAAAAAAGGUGGUGACAACAAUUUAACACCACUUGAUUUCACUCCUUCAAAAGUUGACACUACUUACUAUAAAUCUUUGUUACAUAAAAAGGGUCUUCUCCAUUCUGAUCAACAAUUGUUUAAGGGACUAGGUAGUGAAAGUGACAAAUUGGUGCAACUAUAUAGCAAGAGCCCUUUAACAUUUGCUAGAGAUUUCAAGACUUCUAUAAUCAAGAUGGGAAAUAUGAAGCCUCUAACCGGAAGGCAAGGAGAGAUUAGACGUAAUUGCAGAAGGAUCAAUUAAAAUUGUUUGUUAAAUGAAUCUGCGUAUCUCGAACGAUUAAUAAUGUUUGAUUUUUGGUCUUGAUUUUGAAGAAAAAAAAUCUAGACCAAAAUAAGGGGAAUGGAAACUUGAUUAAGCAACCAUUGAUAGUUGACCUUGUUAUGUAAUCUUAAAUGUUGGAGUGACUUUGUAUUAUUUAAGCUGUAGGUUCAAAUGAUAUGGACCUAUCAAGUAUCCAAAUUUGGAAGUUAGUUAGACAAGAGAUGUUGUUAAGAUUCAAUUGUUUGUGUUGUAACUUUCAUGUUCUGUUUUCAAUGCAAUAGUAGUAUUGUGUCAAAGUAUUUUUAU